UAUACUUCCUUUCCCUACUCCCCAUGCGGGUGGAGGGACGAUCGUGCGUCAGCAAAUCUUCCCGAAUUUGGACCGAAUGUUGUGAAUCCUCGACGCGGGACGCCCCUGAUCACGACUUUAGUGGGCUAAAACAUCAUUCGUGCAAUCUUCGUGUCCGGUUGGAGUCGUCUCGUGCACGUUGAAGCUUCUCGGCCUAGCCUAGCUUAGCUUAGCGUGCUAACAAAGAGACGCGUUUGUGAGCAACACUUCGCUAAGCGGAGAUCAAGCGUGAGAGCGGAAAGUGUUGUGAUCGCCGUGUGAAAAUGUGUGCAAGAAGGACAGCAGAGUACGAGGAGGAACUUUGGGGACCAAAAGAGGAGAAAGAGCUACAACGUCAACUACUGGACGCUGUGUUCAAUCUUCAGCCUCAAACUGUGCUACGCAGAGCAGUUGAGCACAACCGCGAGCCUGCGACGCACACGAAAGUUGCCCGCAAACGGCGCCACAUUCGCGACAGCCGUGUCUGAGUGUGCACGCAGGAACCGCUGACGACGAAUGUCUAUUUCUACUGAGCGGAAAGUGUUGUGAUCGCCGUGUGAAAAUGUGUGCAAGAAGGACAGCAGAGUACGAGGAGGAACUUUGGGGACCAAAAGAGGAGAAAGAGCUACAACGUCAACUACUGGACGCUGUGUUCAAUCUUCAGCCUCAAACUGUGCUACGCAGAGCAGACAUCACUGAAGAUCUUCGUACUGAGCGGCAGGAGCCAGAGCCCCCUCACAUUAAAGAGGAAGUGGAGACCAUUUUGAAUAAGAAAGAGAAGGAAGAAGCGCGCUCCCACAUCAAAGAGGAAGAGGAGGAUAUCAUCAAGUUCCCAUUGACUGGUGUCCCUCUGAAGAGUGAAGAUGAAGGUCCAAGUGAGGAGAGCAGAGCGGCGGAGCCUCCAAGCAGCAGCUCAAGUCAACACAUGACAACAGAAGGUGAUGGAGACCACUGUGGAGGAUCACAAGUAGACAGACUCUUAGCUCCACUAUCAGAUAGUGACGACAUGACGUCACACUCUUCGGACUAUGAUGAUGAUGACCAGACGGAAGGUGAUAUGACAUGUCACACUGACAACAAACGAUGGAAAUGUUCUCAGUGUGGGAAAACGUUUGCUUAUAAGAGCAUUUUAAAAGAACACCUGAGAACACACACUGGUGAGAAACCUUUUUUGUGCUUAGUUUGCGGUCAAAGAUUCUCUGAAAAGGGAAACUUAAAAAAACACACAAGAAUCCACACUGGUGAGCAACCUUUUUCCUGCACAGUUUGUGGUCAAAGAUUCUCUGAAAAGGGAAACUUAAAAAAACACACAAGAACCCACACUGGUGAGAAACCUUUUUCCUGCACAGUUUGUGGUAAAACAUUUAUUCGGAAGACAGAUUUAAAAAGACACACAAGAACCCACACUGGUGAGAAACCUUUUCCCUGCUCAGUUUGUGGUCAAGGAUUUUCUGAAAAGGGAAACUUAAAAAAACACACAAGAACCCACACUGGUGAGAGACCUUUUUCCUGCUCAGUUUGUGGUCAAAGAUUCUAUGUGAAGGGAAUCUUAAAAAUACACACAAGAACCCACACCGGCGAGAAACCGUUUUCCUGCUCAGUUUGUGGUCAAAGAUUCUCUGUGAAGGGAAGCUUAAAAAUACACACAAGAACCCACACUGGUGAGAAACCUUUUUCCUGCUCAGUUUGUGGUCAAAGAUUCUCGGUGAAGGGAAGCCUAAAUAUACACACAAGAACCCACACUGGUGAGAAACCUUUUUCCUGCUCAGUUUGUGGUAAAAGAUUCACUCAGAAGGGAGAUUUAAAAAUACACACACGAACCCACACUGGCGAGAAACCUUAUUCCUGCACAGUUUGUGGUAAAACAUUUUCUCAAAAGACAGAUUUAAAAAGACACACAAGAACCCACACUGGUGAGAAACCUUUUGCCUGCUCAGUUUGUGGUCAAAGAUUCUCUGUAAAGGGAAGCUUAGAAACACACACAAGAACCCACACUGGUGAGAAACCGUUUAGCUUAGCUGUUUAGCUUAGUUUGUAUAACUUUAAUGAUGACGUCCUAUUAAAUUCGCCAUUUAUCAGCACAGCAAGCUGUAUUUUUUUAUUAUUUUUUCCUGAAAGGUUAUCAUUUUGAAGGUGAGGCGAUUUUCCAUCCAUCUAUUUUCUUCCGCUUUUCCGAGGUCGGGUCGCAGGGGCAGUAGCUUUAGCAGGGAAGCCCAGACUUCCCUCUCCACAGCCACUUCCUCCAGCUCUUCCGAGGGGAUCCCGAGGCAUUCCCAGGCCAGCCCAGAGACAUAGUUUCUCCAGCCUGUCCUGGGGCGUCCCCGGUGUGCCCGGAACACCUCACCAGGGAGGCGUCCUGGAGGCAUCCUAAAGAAACCUCAUCUGGCUCCUCUCAAUGCGGAGACAAGCAGCGACUCUACUCUGAGCCCCUCCCGGAUGACCGAGCUUCUCAAACUAUCUGUAAGGGAGAGCCCGGGACACCCUGCGGAGGAAACUCAUUUCGGCCGCUUGUAUCCGGAAUCUUGUUCUUUCAGUCACUGUUGACUGUUGAACUACUGUUGCCUUUUUUGGAUUGCCUGCCUGUGUACCGACCUCUGCCCGUCUAUUAAACUUCUCUUUUUGAAACUGUC